GCCGACUACGUACGGUCACUGCUGCGUCGCGCGGCGCGGGGCGUCGAGGCCGACGCAGGGCCCUGGCUACGGAGCCUCUUCCGGGGCGUGGUUCCGGAGCGGUGGCUGCGUAUUCUGGUUGACGAGCUGACGGGCGAGAUGUACGACGGAUCCACUCGCGAGUACGACAUGGCGCCGUACCGUUACCAGUCAGCGCCGGCGUCUCGCCAACCUGAAUACGCCCUAGAUGAGCUCAUCGCGCUACUGAGCCGCGCGACAGCUGGGGAGGUGAUUGAGCGGCUGAAGCUGCAGCUGCAGGUAAAUACCUUGGCUGCCGUGGAGAAGUAA